UGUUUUGUUAAAAAAAAAAUAGUGACCGACGGCCUGCAACUUACCCGGACGGUCCCUCCCCACUCGCAAGGGAGCGACAGUUUGCUGACCUUGAGUAAGAAGAGUGGUUUCCUGGAGAAGAAAGAUGGGGGAUCACCAGCUCAGCUUGCUGUGGGGGGAUAAGUUCACCAAGCAGACGCUGACUUGAAAACAUCUUUCAGUGACGGAAUUCAGAGACUGGCGACACCACGUUUAACAGAUAGUUGUACACCUCAGUUGUAGGAAUUGAUGGAAGACCUUUUGGGAUCUUUGCUUGGAUUAAUGAUUGAGUGCCGUUUUGAGUUUCCUGUGAAGAGGAUUAAUCUGUUGGAUUUUUCAUGGUUACCUUGGAUGCAAAAUACUGAAACAUUCAUUUGGCUAUUGUAGAAAUUCUCAGGAUUUUCUCGUAAUUGGAGGUCAGGUUGUGCAGGUGGUUGGCUCUCGAAGGACUUGAUUCACUGCAAGAGGAGGAUUUUUCUGGAUGUUUACGGUGAAGGACAUGGAUGGCCCACGCUGUAGCAGUGUCCGCAAGAAGAGGAAGUCGCGGUCCGAGAGGGAUCGGGAAAGGAGAUCAAAUGGGAUCAGGAACAACCAUGUUAAGGGGUCUGUGUUUCGCUUCUCCUCUGAUUCGGAGAGGGAAGGAGACAGGGAACCCUCAUCCCGUCCUAGACCUCCAAGAAGAAAGCGUAAAGAGUCUUCUUCAGCUGAGGAGGACAUCAUCGAUGGCUUUUCCAUCACAGGGUUCGUAACGCUGGAGGCGCUUGAGAAGAACAUGACACUGAAGCCCCAGGAGUGCACCGACAACCAGGCUGGUCCCCUUCACAAGAAGAAGCCCUCCAGAGUUCCCAACGGCCUGAGCGUGGAGCACUGCAAGAACAAUCACCAUCACCGCCACCAGCGCUUGGACCAGGAGAACAACCCCCGGCUGGCGCAACCUCAAGGCAAGAGGAAGAAGAAACACCUGAACAAGAAACACAUAAUGCUGAAGCCGGGACAGAACAACCGUAAGGACAGUGACAGCGAGAGUGUAAGUGGAGAGUCCAAACCUUCCAUCAGGAGCAGUUCAAGAGACCGCCUGACCGACUGUGAUACUGAAAGUGAACAAGAUGAUAAGGUCUCAGAUGCCGGCUCAGAGAAAUUUUUCAGCACAGCUGCAGUUAAAGUUCCAGAUUUUGGCGUCAGUGUGCUCUCCACCAAUGGCAGGCAGGAGCCUCACGGCCCCAGCCUCCUCAAGGUGUCUGGUUUAGAGCGCAGUCAGGAGAAGAGCCAGGACAUCUGCAAAGAUCCUCUUCCACCUACAUCAGGCGCCCCUAAUCAUCGCCUACCUGCCAAAGUCCUCCCCGAUCCACAGUCGCAGCCCCAGCAAUCCGCUCCCUGGCCGUCUUCUCCUUGUCGGCUCCAGGCAAACAGCCCGACCCAGGCUCCGGCCUCAACCUAUCUCCCCCCUCACUCAGAGGCUCUCCCCAGGCCUCAGACGCCCGCAGCCCUGCCUCUCGCCCAGGGCCAAGAGCCCUCGCCACCCCCCCAUCCCCGGCCCCAACACCAUCCUGAUCUGCUGCCUCACCCCCGUCCUCCGCGGACACCUAACCUUCACCCACACCCAUCAUCGCCUGCCCUGUCUACGCACCACCCACAUCAACAGCACCCCAGCCAGGCAGGGCCCCAGCGGCCCCCCUCCCGCUGCCGUCCCCGGCCUUUGUCUGCCUACAACAGCCUCAACAUCAACGGACACAGCAGCAGCAGGAGCAGCACCCCAGGCACCAAGCCCCCACACGGGCACCCUGCACCCUCCUUGCACCUCCCCCACCACCUGCCGCCUCCCGCAGCAGCUGCAGGAGCAGCGGCAGCAGUUGCGUCCACCUUCCUGCCUCUCACGGUUAAUCAGAACGGCCCGCACAGCUUCCCCCCUGCCUUGCAGUCAUCGCCACACCCUCAUCACCCAAAUAUGUUCGCUCCUCCAACGGCCUUACCUCCACCACCACCACUGACAUCUAGCACCCUGCCAGUACCCGGACAUCCUGCUGCUGGGAGUGCCUACUCAGAGCAAGACCUUCUGCGACAGGAGCUAAAUACCCGUUUCCUGGCCUCCCAGAGCGCGGACCGCGGGGCCUCGCUCGGCCCACCGCCCUAUCUUCGUACAGAGUUCCACCAGCAUCAGCAUCAGCACCAGCAUCAGCACCAACACACCCACCAGCACACGCACCAGCACACCUUCACGCCCUUUCCCCACGCCAUCAUGCCCACCCCAGCACCGCCCAUGGUGCGUACCCCUGGCAGAAAUUUUGACAAAUACCCAACAAAAGUUGACCCCUUCUACAGACACAGUCUCUUCCACUCCUACCCGCCUGCCAUGUCUGGCCUUCCUCCCGUCAUCCCACCGACCGGACCCUUUGGCUCGCUGCAGGGAGCCUUUCAGCCCAAGACCUCCAAUCCACUGGAUGUGUCCUCCCGACCUGGAGCCGUCCCACACACAUUUUUACAGAAGGACCCUCGGCUAACGGAUCCAUUUCGGCCAAUUCUCAGGAAACCAGGGAAGUGGUGCGCCAUGCAUGUCCAUAUCGCCUGGCAGAUCUACCACCACCAACAGAAAGUGAAGCAGCAGAUGCAGGCCGACCCUCACAAGUUAGACUUCGGCCUGAAGUCCGAGUUCCUGAGUCGGCCUCCUGGUCCCAGUCUCUUCGGCACCAUCCACCACCCCAGCGACUUGGCACGACCUGCCACGCUUUUCUCUGCAGCAGGUCCAACACACCCAUCGGCGGGACCCUUCGGCCAUCCGCCCCACCAUCCUGGGAACUUCCUUACCCCGGCGUCUCAUUUAGAACCGUUCAGUCGGCCUUCAUCGUUUGGAGGACUUGGAUCGCUCAGUUCAUCAGCCUUCGGUGGGCUCGGAAAUCCAGCACUAACGGCCAACUCGGUGUUCGGCCAUAAAGACGGCCCCAAUGCACAGCAGCACUUCAACAGCAGCAGUAACAGCGGCCACCAGGAACCGUGGAACCGGCUGCACCGCACGCCGCCAUCCUUUCCCACGCCGCCACCCUGGCUGAAGCCCGGAGACUCCGAGAGGAGCGCCUCAGUCAGCUCGCAUGAGCGGGACAGAGACUCUGACAAACGAGACUCAUCAGUCGGUAAAGACGACAAGGACAGGGAUUCUGUGGAAAAGCGUCAUCCAAGCCACCCGUCGCCCAUCUCAGUCAACCCCAUCAGCCUCCUCAGCCACAGCCGAGCUCCUGAGCACCACAGGAACCACCUGCCCCCCACAUCCGGAGAGCCUCAGAGGGACAAAGACAGCAAGGCCAAAGACCGGGACCGGGAGCAUACGGAGAGCUGGAAGGAAAGCAGCGCCGACGACCACAAACUAAGAGAUCAGCACAGCGAGAAGGACACGGCCGUCAUCCACGACGGCAGAGUGUCAGAAGACAAGGCGUCUAAUCGGGGGACAGCAUCUCCCUACAUUAAGCAGACCAGCCUGGAGCGACCCAACGGAGGCCUGAGUAGGGACGGCCUGGAGAAGAAGGGAGAGCUGCCUUAUGAGCACCAGAAGAAGAACAAUGAAGUGAGGGUGAAGGAGGAGAGGAAGGAGGAACUGGAAGGAACCACAGACAGACAGACUGAGCCAGCUCAGGCACCGUCCAUGCCCAACCUCCACCCUCCCUCCUCCAUUGCCGUACCCAUGGGCAUGGCUGGAGUCCACCCCAUUAACAGCAUCAGCGGUCUGGAGAGAACUCGAGUGGUGGCGCCCUUCAUGGGUAUCAGUCCUCUUCCUGGGGCUGACAGGUUCCCAUACCCGGCCUUCCACUGGGACCCAAUGAGGGACCCGUACAGAGGACUCGAUAUUCAUAGACGGGAUCCUCUGGCAAGGGACCUGCUGCUGAGGAAUGACCCUCUGCAUCGUCUUGCAACGCCACGCCUCUAUGAGGCAGAGCGCACUUACAGGGACCGUGAGCCCCACGACUUCAACCGUGACCAUGCCCACACCCUGGCCCUGGAGCAGAGGCGGGAGCACGAGCGCGCUCAGCUUGAAGAGCGCGAUCGCCUCACCAUGCUCAGAGAGGACUAUGAGCACGGACGCCUCCACACCGCCAUGCACCACCCAGCCCUGGACGGACACCUCCCCCACCCCGCCCCGGCACUCAUGGCCUCUGGACUCCCCAGCAUGCACUACUCCAGGGUGAGCCCUGCAGCAGCAGCCGCCGCCGCUGCCGCUGCCGCGGCCCAUCAGAACGGCCUUCUGAACAAAACACCACCCACUGCCUCUUUAAGUGCCCCGCCCCCACUAAUCCCCACACUGGGCGCCCGGCCCGGCUCGCCCAGACGGACUACUCCGCUGGCCACGGACAUCAGAGACAGGCCGACCCACAAAGACAUAGAGGCGCGGUGAGCUGAGCCCUGCGCCUCCCUGAUACUGACUCACACCAAGCACUUAGCUUCGGGCAAAGCACGACUGUAUCAUAGCUGUGAAUAACAUGUGGGCUCCAACACGCCCACACCACCAUUUGUUUUUGUACAAAACUACAGACAGUAAUCAUGAACAAAGUGUUUUCAGAAAUGUUUCUCUCUUCUUUUUUUUUACCGUUAAUUCCUGCUUUUCGUGUGCAUUCUUUUUCUCUUGUACAGCAAAGUGAUGUGGCGUAAAGAUGAACAGUUUUUGGAAUGUACAGGAACUUCAGCACUGACAGACAGCAACGUGUGUAGAUAAUGUGUACAGUCGCUGUGCUCGCUCUGUAUGGAUAAAAAUCAUGGUACAAUUAUGCAAAAGGUUGUUUUGAAAGCUUUACUUUGAACAAAUGUAAAUAGAGGAGUCUUUACGCAGUGAUUAAGAAUGUGUUUUGUUGUUGGGUUUUUUUGGGGGGGGGAUCACAGCUGAUUAACAGUGUACCAGAAACCCCAUAUUCAACUAUGCAACACGUAUGUGGGCUCCUUUUCUGAAAGCCGACCUCCUCACCACCUUUGACUGUGUACCAUGUGACACA